CUGAUAUAGGCGUUCUUCCUCAUAGGCUCCGUUCAAACUCACUAUCAACAGAUCACAAGCGUCUACAAGCGGCGUUUAUCGUCUCUCUCGCAUACCCAUACGUCUUGAUAAGCACGAGCCACAACGAUCGCCUCUCGAAUAAAAUCGGUGCCGCUCGCUUCGGAUCGGUUCAUUCCUUAGUGAAUUCAUAGAUGGAUACCGACCGCACAGGUUAAGUCAGAACUAAACUGUUUUCAACGCCAGAUGUGCGCGUUCGUUUUCUAGUCCUGCCAAGUCGCGUGUGUACCGUUGCUCUAGUUCUAAGAGCUCGUCUAAGUUCCUUCCUACUUCCCGGUCGUUCUCGAGUGGAUUUCGCCAAUCGAUAGCUUGUAUUGGAGUGACUGGCCAGGGACCUGCGGUGUUCAAACAAUCGGUAAUCCAUAUUCGUCAAGUGGUGCAAUUCAAUCAACUUUGUGACACACGACAGUAAACCAAUCGAAGAGGUGCUUCUGGAUGUGAUUUUCUCACACUAGUUUGUGGGACUGUUUACACAUUUUUGGAUUGAUUUUAACAAUAAUUAUUGUGAUGAGUGGUCGGAAGUCGAAAUACCCAUGGUGAUGAUUUAAGUGAGAAGUUGUGUGACCGUUCCAAAAAUAUGCCACUUCAAGGAACCGCCGAAAUUUGAGCGCGCAAUUUUAUCAAUCAUUCAUGACUGAAGGCAAUAAAGCAAUCGUGAAAAUGCAGUCAGCAGUGGUUCAUAUUAGCGCGAUAGUGUUCGUUUUACUUGUUGCAGUGCAAAAUUUCGCCACCGUAGGCUCUAAUGAUAUAACGACAGAAGUGCCCGCAGCAAACACCCCGUCGAACCUGGCGAACGAGACGGAACUUAUCGAUACAACGCGGCUGAUAAUGGAAUACGAAAGUACAAUAUCCGCGAACAAUGAGAGCAUCGCAUCCAACAGCAUAAGCAGCAGCAACAGCGGCACAACCGAAUCACAUAACAGCAAUAGCAGCACAGCUUCCAGCACGAGUUCUACCGAGCCGACUGUGUCAACGGAAAACAAAACGAUGACCCCGGAGGAAAUCCAACGGUUGCUAUUGCCUCCGGCCAAGAUCGAGGCCAGCAUUCUACACCUCAACACAACGGAAGAGGUGCACGAGAAGAUUAUUAAUUACGUUUCUUCUCGACGAGAAAGCGAUUGCCCUUCAUUGGAAGAAGCAGACAAACUGUCACAAACACAACUGCUCCUCCGGUUGACUCAUGAUUGCCGCUACGAUCGACUGGAACGUCCCAUGACACACUCCGACAAUGGCACAAAACUACCGGUACACGUUUACGCACGGGCGUACAUUUACUUCCUACAGAAUUUGGAGGCCCAUGAUCUACAAUUCAAGAUCCAUGCACUUCUUCAAUUCCGUUACGUCGAUUCGCGUCUGGUGUUCAAAAAAGUCGCACCUAACCGGACGGAUCCGAUUGUGGGCGAGCAAACACUACGGGAUUUACUAUGGGUACCUCACGUAUUUCUGGCCAAUGAACGUAGUUCUGACAUUUUGGGCACAGCAGAGAAGGACAUUCUAACAUCGGUAUCACCGGACGGAACGGUUAUCAUAUCGACCCGCAUUAGCGCAACAUUGUACUGCUGGAUGAAUUUACAAAAGUUUCCAUUUGAUGAACAGCAUUGUUCCACAGUGCUUGAGAGCUGGAUGUACAAUGACGCUGAUCUUAUUUUACAAUGGGAGAAGAAAUCUCCAGUUACAUUAGCACCCGAAUUACAUUUGACUGAAUAUGUACUUUUAGAAAUGUUCACAAACGAAACAGUAAUUAAUGCUGACCUGAGUGAUCUCCGACAUGGUGCAUUUGCUGGCAAUUAUAGUUCUCUCAGCUUCACCGUUCACCUCGCCCGAGAAAUGGGAUUUUACCUUAUGGACUAUUUUAUACCGUCGAUUAUGUUAGUUACGAUCUCGUGGGUUACAUUCUGGCUUCAAGCUGACCAAUCGGCCCCUCGCAUAACACUUGGCACAAGUACUAUGUUGACGUUCAUUACGCUGGCUUCAGCACAAGGCAAAACUCUGCCCAAGGUCAGCUAUAUUAAGGCGUCAGAAAUUUGGUUCCUCGGGUGUACCGGUUUCAUAUUCGGUAGCUUAGUUGAGUUUGCAUUCGUCAACACUAUUUGGAGAAGAAAGAAAAACGUCGAAUUGAAGAAAAAGAAUAGCAAAUAUAUUUUGAAAUCGAUAACUCCACUGCCAUCGCGCAAAGACUUCAGUAAUCUGCAUAAAUCACACUCGUGUACAAGCCUGGAUGGACAAGUGACAGCAACCCCUUCAACAAAUUCUUUCAAUAAUUAUUUGACAGUUCACUCAUUCCCGGCAAAAACGAGUUCCACUCUUCCAAUGAUAAUAACAUCCAGUGCAGAGAGCAUAGAUGAUCGAAAUGGCAACGUUACAAUCAAAAUUGAGGACACCACUCAGACGAAUGGACAGAGACCCGUUGGUUCGCCAGGUGUCAACCCGAAUGGGUGGACCACAAUGACUCCCCAGGAGAUUGCCAUUUGGAUUGACAAACGAUCAAGAUUCGUAUUCCCGAUUGCAUUCCUAAUAUUCAAUAUCUUCUACUGGUCUUUCGUUUAUUACUUGUAAGAAUGAAGCAAAAAUCGAUUAUCAUUGUUACUUGUGCUAUAACGUGCAACUGAAGCUCCAAUUGAGGUGUGUUACCAUAUUUCUAUGCAAAACAGAACAUGAAAUGUUGUUUUAUUGAAUAUCUUUCAAUUGAGAAGAAAUAAUGAUAAUAAUGAUACACAGUGUCCAAUAUUAGAAAAUAAGAAACGUAAGUGCAACUAAAGGAAUAGUCAAUUUAUUUAUUAAAAUAUUCUAAGUAUUUUUAGUGUAUAAAUUGUUUACAAUCGCUAUUUAA